GUUCGCUGCCGUUCCGUUCUAUUCCUUCAGCAAGUGGGCAAAUGGCUGAUGGAUGCUAUUUUCGUUAUGUUAUGAUAUGUUAACAUGCUUGUACAGGCUGCUUUUUGGUAUGGAGAUUAGCCGCUCACUCUGACGACGCACAUAGUCGUGAUCAUUAUCCAAGAGAAAUAUGAUAUUCAACAAAUCUUAGCCCUUCCCUGUUUCAUUGGAGGCCACAGUCUGUACCAAGUGGCCAUUAUUGCAGAGAAGAGGAAUAUGAUAUUCAACGAAUCUUAGCCCUUCCCUGUUUCAGUGGAGUCCACAGGCUGUACCAAGCGGCCAUUAUUGCAGAGAAGUAUUAUUAUUCAAGAUAAAUCUUUGUUCUAUUCGAUGGCGUGCACCACAUGUCACAAUCGCAAAGUUCAGGUGAUUAGUGUAUCCAACAGAAACUCUGGUCUGGGGAGACUUUAUUCCCAGAGUUUAAUGUGGAUGUGCAGCGAGUGGGUGUUCCUAGGCUUUGUCACAUCACACGGCUUUUCCCAAAAAAAAUUCAUUUUUAUCUCAGAGGAGGCAAUUAAAUAAAGCAAGUUGGAGGAAUUCUUUAAAUUGCAGACACAAUCAGAUACGAACCACUCAAGGCGCAUGACAAGGAGGGGCAUAUGAGAUCUCUUUUUCGUUAUUCAAGAAUUUGCAGCCAUUGUUUUCUCAGAAAACGUGAUGAAGAAAUUUAUGUGGUUACUCUGCUUUUUAGCAUUUGCUGCAACGGUUUCUCCAGUAGUAAGCUCUAUGAAUGACGCCGCCUCUCUCCAGACAUACAUAAUCCACACGUUCGAGUCGGAGAUACCGUCGUCUUUUGAUAACGAGGAGCAAUGGCACUCUUCUCUAGUGCAAUCCUUGGAUGCCCAUCAAGAAAUCGACGGAUCUCAGCAUAUUCUCUACAAUUACGAUCAAGUUAUCCACGGCUUUGCAGCGCAGCUCACUACCGCACAGGCUGAGGCGUUGAAGAAAAAGGAAGGAGUUCUAGCAGUGCAUCCAGAGGGCGUGUACCGACUUCAUACCACGCGCACCCCUCACUUUCUGGGAUUGGAUGCCAAAAAUGGUGCAUGGCAUACCCAAUUUAGUAAUACCCAUCAAGUUAUUGUGGGAAUGGUGGACACGGGAAUUUGGCCUGAGAGCCCCAGCUUUAGCGACAAUGGAUUUGAGGCACUACCAUUGUCUUCCGGCUGGAAGGGCAAGUGUGAAGCCGGGACGGCAUUCAAUGCUUCGCAUUGCAAUAAGAAAUUGAUCGGCGCCAGGUUCUUCUGUAAAGGCUAUGAGGCUUCAAGGGGGCCUGUGAAUGAGGCCGAAGAGUACAGAUCUCCCCGUGAUCAGGACGGCCAUGGAACCCACACGGCAUCCACAGCUUUGGGAUCAUUUGUACAAAAUGCCAACUUUUCUGGAUUUGCCCCUGGAACUGCCGCAGGCAUGGCCCCCAGUGCAAGACUUGCCGUCUACAAGGUCUGCUGGGCUGGUGGGUGCAUGGACUCUGAUGUUCUUGCGGGCGUGGACAGAGCCGUUAAGGACGGUGUUCACAUCCUGUCGUUGUCCAUCGGAAGAUCCGAAAAUGCGGCCUACGAUACAGACGCUAUAGCACUGGCUGCGUUUUCGGCCAUGCAGAGAGGUGUGUUUGUGUCAGCCUCGGCGGGGAAUUCGGGCCCAGAACGAGCAACGGUGAGCAACGUGGCUCCCUGGAUCACUACCGUCGGUGCAGGGUCCAUAGACAGGGCAUUUCCGGCGUCUCUGGUCUUGGGCAACGGGGUCCAUCACAGUGGGGUUUCUCUGUACACGGGCAAACCUUUGGCCAUGGGAGAAGAGUUUCCUCUGAUCUAUGCCCCGCCCGGCACUCUUCGCAGCAAUCUGUGCCUGGACGACACGCUGGACCCACCGGCUGUGGGUAAAAUUUUAGUGUGUGAUAGAGGAAUCAACUCCGCAGGGGCAAAGGGGGAAGUGGUGAAAUCUGCAGGGGGCGUGGGCCUGAUAUUGACCAACACGGCGCGACACGGGAAAGAUCUCGUCGCAGAUACCCAUUUGCUUCCGGCUUUAGCAGUGGAUUUCAGAACCGGGAACCUCAUAAAAAACUACAUCAAAAAAAACAGAAACGCAACGGCGAGGAUUUUGUCCCAGGGCGCUGUCACAGUGGUGAAAACCAAGCCCGCGCCCAUGGUGGCGGCCUUCUCCUCGCGAGGGCCCAAUUCUCUGACGCCCCAAAUUCUGAAGCCGGACAUAAUCGCGCCAGGCGUGGACAUUCUGGCAGCGUGGACGGAUCCCAAUUUCCGGAUUGUUUCAGGAACAUCCAUGGCCUGCCCUCAUGUGACCGGCAUAGCGGCCCUGAUCAAGGCUGCCCACCCCGAAUGGAGCCCUGCAGCCAUCAGAUCCGCUCUAAUGACCACGGCCUACACUCAGGACAACACGGCCAAACCUCUCCGCGAUGCCGUUACUCAAGCAGAGUCCUCCCCCUUUGUGCACGGUGCGGGUCAUCUGAACCCCAACAAAGCGCUCACCCCUGGUCUUGUCUACGACAUGGGUCUGCGAGAUUACAUUCAGUUUCUCUGCUCGCUGAACUACACACCGCAGCAGAUGCGGACAUUAACCAGGAGCAAUACCACUUGCCCUAUAAACGCUCGUCUUCACAAAGAUCCAGGAAACAUCAAUUACCCCUCGUUUUCCCUUGUUUUCACUAAAUCCAAUUCAACCCAAGUCUUGAAAUACCAGAGGAGCGUGACCAAUGUGGGUGAUGGCCCAGCAAAGUACAGAGUUACUGUCUCUGCACCGCCCGGCGAUGGUGUGAGCAUAGCGGUGACUCCGAGCAUGCUCUCCUUCAAAAAGAGCAUGGAGAAGCGUUCAUACACUGUGAGCUUUACAUCGACAAAUAGGGCUGCAAGUUCCUCAGGCUCUGGAAGCUACGGAUCGAUCACAUGGACAGAUGGAAUACAUUUGGUGAGGAGUCCCGUUGCCUUUACCUGGCAAUGAUAAACGGGCUCUAAUCUUUGUUUUUGCGAUUAAAUAAAUCGAUCAAUUUCUAAAUAAGCAAAUCUAAAAAUUGCUUUUAAAAAAGAGAUUAGAAGUUCAUAUAAUGGAGGGAUUAGGGGAUGUAAGUCUUGUAUUUGAAGUAGAGAUAAGUUAGGUGUCUCCUACAUAUUGGGAAUAUGGGACAGUCUCAUAUUUAUUAUAAAUCAUUUAUAAACC